CCCUCUGUGUGAUGGGGACGGGGGUGAGACUGCGGCCUCCCGGUUAUGGUUGGGCCCCGCUCCCGGCAAAGUGCGCUUCCUGUGGUCCGCUGUGCUGAACAUCGCCCCCCCCCCCCCCCCUGACGAAUUCGUGUGAAUUUAAUCAGCAUUAUGGGGGUUAAGGGGCUGUGGAAACUGCUGGAGUGUACAGGACAACCUAUCAGUCCAGAAACUCUUGAAGGCAAAAUACUCGCUGUUGAUAUCAGCAUUUGGUUAAAUCAAGCAGUGAAGGGAGCAAGGGAUCGCCAUGGUGAUUCUGUACCAAAUGCUCACCUUCUGAUUUUGCUGCAUCGACUGUGUAAGCUUCUGUUUUACCGAAUCCGACCAGUAAUUGUCUUUGAUGGAAAGACACCUCUGCUCAAGAAACAAACGUUGACUAACAGGUGGCAAAGAAAGGAGCUGGCUGUUAAAGAUACAAAGAAAACUACAGAUAAGCUGUUGAGAACCAUACUGAAGCAACAUGCCUUAAAACAUGUUCUUGGUAAAAGCGAUGGGGUAAUUCCCAGCCUUUCUCAGGUGAGAAGAGGAGAAACUGAUGACAUUUUUAUUCUGCCUUCCUUAGAAAAGAAAGACGAAAAUAGUUCAGAUGAAGAGGCAGAAAAAGAAUGGGAUGAACGCAUGAGCAAUGAAAAUAUGUUUCAGAAUGCAUUUGUUGAGAAUCCUCAUUCUAUUGACAUUGAAUCGAAAGACUUUGCUAAUUUACCUCCAGAGGUAAGACAUGAAAUCCUGACCGAUCUCAAAGAGUUCACCAAGCGUCGAAGGAGUCUGUUGCAGAUCAUGCCUGAGGAGUCAACAGAUUUUUCCCAGUAUCAGCUGACUGGCCUCCUUAAACGCAACAGAAUUAACCAGCACAUUGAAGGUGCUCAGAAAGAAAUGAGCAAAGAGUACUGCGGGCAAAUUCAAAUGGAGUGUAAUAAUGAGGGAGGCUUCACAAAGGACAUGGAAACUAGGCGGCUUGUAUCAGAAGAUGCUUCGCACUAUAUUCUAAUAAAAGGAAUCCAGUCAACAAACAGUAAGGACACAGAGAUGAAUCGACAAAACACUACGUUAGACAAAGAUAGAAAUUCAGCAGCUGCAGGCGUAAUGUCAAACACUGGUUUGGAGCCCUGUAACGAUUCAGCUUCACCUUCUCCUCUCACAGCAAGAGCAUCCACAAGUCCGAGUGGCAUUACUGCUCUUCCCCCUUCCCCACGGACUGUGCUUGCCAUUCAGGCUGCCAUGUUGGAGAGUAGUUCCGAUGAAGAAAUUAACCCUUCAUCUCCUGCUGCAUGUAGCAGCAGUUUGCAUUCAACAAAUAUUGCUGUCACAAAUUUAAAUUCAUCAGCAAAAAAUCAUCAUGCAAACCAGCAAGAUUUACAAGGAAAUGAGAUGGCACACAAUAUGAAAAAGGACAGUGAAACUGAAUAUGAUGGUACGAAAAAUCAAAGGGUUCCGACCUACAGUGCAAAUGAUGAACAUGUGGAUGAGGAAAUAAAUGUUGAUGGAAAUGAGUUACUGAAAAAAUCAGUCGAUGCACGGACUAUCCAGAAGAAACCAAUAAGACCAGGAACUGUUCAAAGUUGUGAAGUGCAGGAGAUAUUUCCUGUGGAAGUUCCAAGUUCGAUCACUGGAUCAGUCAGUGCAGCAGAGCAGAAUGUCAAUGUUGCUGCAGUAGGUACAGCUGAGGGAAUUAAUGAGAAACAGAAAAGUAAUGAAAUAGACUUUCAAUUUCCUGAUAUUUUGAAGGAACAUGAAGAUCAUGUUGAAAUACAUUCCUUGGAAAAUGAUGGAGGAAUAAUCCUUAACAGCAAGCAACACAUUGAUCCACUUGCAGCAGCUGACCGACAAGAUAGCGAAACAAACAAUCGAGAAAUUCUAAAGAGGGAUCUUCCUUCAUCUUCUGAGGUUACUACCAGCAUCCAGCAUGAUGGCAGUGUAAAGCUGACCUCCCACGCACAGUUAAAAGGAGAUUUGGAUCUCAAGAGUUUCAUUUCUUUAGAAGAAGAGAAUCCAGGGUCAGGAGAAGAAACUGACCAUCAGGAAAUGGUCACUAAGAGUGAUGGUGGAAGUGAUUCUGAGGGUAGCUUCAUUGAAGUUGUUAUUGACAUCAACAAAGUGGACUCUCAGAGUGAACUGUUUCCUCCUGAUAUCUUCACACCCUUGAUGCCUGCAAAUGAAUCCACAUCAACAUUUAAGGAAAAUGUGGAAGCCCCUUCAGAAACAAUACCAAGCGUUACUGAGAAACAAACUCAGGCUUUUAUCCAAAAUCCUAUGGAAGCUGCUGGCCAACAAAAAAUGAGUGUGGAGGUAGACCAGCGCACUCAGACAUCUGUCGGAGAAGCCACACAGGAUGACUGGCUGGACCUCGAUCUGGGUGAAAUUGAAGACUUCGAGAAUGACUUGCUUGUAGAACAGUCUGAUCUACAAUCUCAGAAGCAACAGCAGGAACGAAUUGCAGCCACUGUCACGGGACAGAUGUGCUUGGACAGUCAGGAAAUGCUGCGACUUUUUGGUAUUCCUUAUAUUGUUGCUCCAAUGGAGGCUGAAGCACAAUGUGCUUACCUAGAUCUGACCGACCAAACUAGUGGAACUAUCACUGAUGAUAGUGAUAUAUGGCUGUUCGGAGCACGUCAUGUGUACAAGCAUUUCUUCACUCAAGACAAGGAUGUGGAGUAUUACCAGUACAUCCACAUUCAUAAUCAAUUAGGUCUUGAUAGAACAAAGCUGAUAAAUCUUGCCUAUUUUCUGGGCAGUGACUACACUGAAGGGAUCCCUGGUGUGGGUUACGUAACAGCAAUGGAACUCCUGAACGAAUUCCUCGGACCAGGACUGGAACCUCUUUUUCAUAUUCGAGACUGGUGGACUGAAACCCAGAAAAAUAAAAAACUGCGAGAUAAUCCAAAUGAUACAAAAGUGAAGAGAAAACUGCGGCACCUUGACAUUUCCCCAGGGUUUCCAAACCCAGCAGUGGCAGAGGAAUAUCUGAAACCAGUUGUAGAUGAAUCUAAGAGAUCACUGUCCUGGGGUAAGCCAGACUUUGAUGAGAUCAGGGAAUUUUGUGAGAACCGUUUUGGCUGGACCAGGAAGAAAACUGAUGAAGUUCUUCUACCUGUCAUGAAGCAAGUCAAUGCCCAUCAGUCUCAGCUACGUAUCGAUUCCUUCUUCAGAAUGGAACAGCAUGAGAAGCAAGCAAUAAGAAGCCAAAGGCUUCGCAGGGCUGUGACUUGUAUGUUGAGGAAAGAACAAGAAGUUUUAACGGAGACCCAGGAAAGCACUGGAAUGGUCGAAGCAGCCGGUGAUUCAGCAACGGAAGGGAAGGGCCAGCAAGGAGCAUCAGGAGUCAAAGGCAGAUCCCAUACCUCUCAAGUACAGCGUGGAAAAAGGAAAUCUCCAGAGCAGCAUUCCGGAGGAGGUUUUAUUCAAUCCACAAAUUUAUCUAAAAUGUCUGAUGAUUCUGAAAAAGAUGAAGUUAAGCCAAAACAUUCCAAAGUAAUGAAUUUGCAUAAGAAAACUCCAAAAAAGGGCAAGACAGCCAAAAUGGGCAGCAGCUCGAGUGAUGAGAGUGAUGAUCAUAUUAUGGUAACAGCUAGACCUGUGUUUGAAAAGAGAGGAAAGGUUAAAACUAAACAAAGAAAAAAGUUGAGAAGUUAAGCAGGCGAUGCUUCCUGGUGCACUUUCUGCAGCUGUAAAUUGUUUCGAGCCCAAAUUUCCAGUUGCUUCCCCUUUUUUUUAAAAGACGAAUAUUUAAUGAUUUAUGUUUGUGCAAAGCUGUUGUAAUCUCUGUGAAUUUAGUGUUACACACAAGACACAGGCCAAAGCCUUGUUCCUAAGUAGCUUUAAAGUGCCUACGAGUUAGUUAAAUUGACUCUAGAUUGGCCUCUGUAGAAAUUGAACAUUGUCUGGACUGAUAGUUAUGUCCAACUGCCGAGAAACCUACCUUUAUGAAUGAGUGGUACGUUUUCUAUGUCUUCACUAUCAAGUGCAAAAAAUGAAUUUUGUGUUUUGUAAAACUGUAGAUUACAGAUAUUUUUAGGCUCUACAGAAAAGGCAAAAUCAUGUAAACCUCAGGGCCUAGCUUUGAAUAAGUAUGUGCAAAAUAUGUGUAUAUUUGUACCUUUUAAAUGUGUACCAUAAUACAAUAGCUUGUAGACAAA